AUGAAUGUAACCAGAAAUGUGGACACCUACAACGAGGCAUUUACCAAAAACUUCAUCUCACUUACUUUUGGCUGUAUUAUCAUCUCCAUCAACGGAGCCUUUGUCUACACAUACUAUAAGAGCGAGGUCUUCCAGCGAGAUCCCAGGUACAUAAUGUACAUCCAUCUGGUGAUAAACGACAUGGUUAUGCUUGCAUUGUCUGUGAUGCUGCAGAUCAUGUCCUACACCAUCACCCUGAGUUUUCCUUCCUGCACACUCAUAGUCAUGGUUUUACUCACUACCACCAAGGUCAGUCCUCUGAACCUGGCAGGCAUGGCGGUGGACCGGUACAUUGCUGUUUGCUAUCCUCUGCGUCACACUCAGAUCUGUACUGUGCGGCGAACCUACGCUCUGAUUGCUGUGAUAUGGGUCAUCUCCUUUCUUCCUGUCUUCACAGAUUUAAUCCUCCUUUUGAGCCAACCCCUCCCACUUAUCACAAGCAAUUUCAUCUGUUAUUCUUCCUAUGUGUUUUCUACACCAAUCCACAAGUUACAUAAGAAGAUUACUCAGGCCCUUCUUUUCUCCUCUGUCCUCCUGACUUUGAUGGUCACCUAUCUGAAGGUGAUCUGUAUUGCACGGUCAGCUUCCGGCUCCCAAAAGGUCUUGGCCAGAAAUGCCCUCAACACCAUCCUGCUUCACGGAGUCCAACUCCUGCUUUGCAUGUUUUCGUACAUGUCCCCUGUCAUCAAUCUUAUCUUAAUUUCUAUUAAACCUCAGGAGCGCACCAAGAUAUUGUUUGUCACCUUCCUGUUUUCCAAUGUUCUUCCACGUCUGCUCAGCCCAUUCAUUUAUGGAGUCAGAGACAAGAAGUUUAACAAUCACAUUAGGAUGCACUUCUGCAGGAGAUGCUUCCACCCUGUUGAGAAGAAAGUCAAAGUCACAGUGUGA